UCGGGGAAAAGAGAUCAUUGAAUCGUCGACUGUGACAGAGAAUCACAAGCUACCAUACACUCCGACACUCUUUCUCGCCGAAAGAAUGAGAUCUUACUUGCUUAUAUUCAUCGUCCUCGCGACGGUCCUUUUCUACACCAAACACAUCAAUGCGGAAGAAGUAUGUGCACAAGAGAACUGUGUUACACCUGAAAAGUGUGAAGAACCGAUAAAGAAUCAAAAAAAAACUUGCAAUGAAUUGGGUACUACAUGCUGCAGUAUAGUUAAAGAAGAGUACAGAACCCAUUGCAGACAUCAUGGUGGAGUAUGCAUGGAAACCUGCACUUUGACACUACAACGUCAAGCGAUUGACUGUCCAAGUCAAGUCUGUUGCGUUUUAGUUUAAACAACUUACUAAAGCAUAAUAAUUAAUUAAAGAAUAAUCUCUCUCUUUCUGAUUACGACAAAUUUUAAUUUAAUAUAAUCAUAUGGCAAAAUGUCAAAAGAAUCAUUAACAUUGGCUCUCUUAAUUAGAAAUAUAUAUUAUACAAUUUUUAAAAGCAUAUCCCUUUUCAUAGAAUAGGCAUAUAUUGUUUUUAUAACAUGAGAAAAAAUUAAAAUUACUAUUA